AGAUUCAAAAGACAUGUCAGUAGGUAAAAUAAAUCAUUUGAUCUGAAUAAUAUAAAAUAAAAUUUUUUUUGAAAAGUAUAGAUAUAAAACAGUAAAACUAUUUCAAUAAUUAAUCAACCAAAGCCAUGUGACCAGAUUCAUGUGUCGUUAUUCAAUUCAGGAAUUUAAAUAUUGUACUAAUAUUUUAAUUUUAUAAACUUAAACUUUAACAGACGCAUUUAUUUUCUUACGUGUAAUAAAGUAGUGCUAAAGAUAGUUUUAAGAUUCAAAUGGCACAUUUGUCUGUUGUCAUUAACUGAAACAGUUAAGUAUAGUUUAGUAAAAAGCAAUAAAAAAAAAACAUCAUCAACGUGUAGGUACCAUACUUGAUCGUACGUUAGCCUUCUAUAAUUUUUAUACUCUAUGUUUCAUUGAUCUUCUUCUGGAAAUUGUCUAUUAUUACAACGCCCGUCCUGCCUUGUCCUUCAGCUGACAUUUUAAAACUCCAUCUCGUGGAGAGCAUACGUGGAGUUCUUAUUUACCAGUCACUACAUAAAUUAAUUCCGACAUGUCCAAAAUCGGUAUCAACGGUUUCGGCCGCAUUGGCCGUCUGGUCCUCCGUGCCGCCGUCGAGAAGGGCGCGCAGGUCGUUGCCAUCAACGACCCCUUCAUUGGUCUUGACUACAUGGUCUACCUCUUCAAGUACGACUCCACCCACGGUCGUUUCAAGGGCACCGUUGACAUGCAAGAUGGCUACCUUGUUGUAAACGGCAACAAGAUCGCUGUCUUCUGCGAGAGGGACCCCAAGGCUAUCCCAUGGGGCAAGGCUGGCGCUGAAUACAUCGUUGAGUCCACCGGUGUCUUCACAACCACAGAGAAGGCGUCUGCUCACUUGGAGGGUGGUGCCAAGAAGGUCAUCAUCUCUGCCCCCAGUGCUGAUGCUCCCAUGUUCGUCGUUGGUGUCAACCUUGACGCUUACGAUCCUUCCUACAAGGUCAUCUCCAACGCUUCCUGCACGACCAACUGUCUCGCUCCUCUCGCCAAAGUUAUCCAUGACAACUUCGAGAUCGUUGAAGGUCUGAUGACCACCGUGCACGCCACCACCGCUACCCAGAAGACUGUUGAUGGACCCUCUGGAAAACUGUGGCGUGAUGGCCGUGGUGCCCAGCAGAACAUCAUUCCCGCCGCCACCGGCGCUGCUAAAGCCGUCGGCAAAGUCAUUCCUGCUCUGAAUGGAAAGCUGACUGGUAUGGCUUUCCGUGUUCCCGUUGCUAACGUCUCGGUCGUCGACCUGACUGUUCGUCUUGGCAAGCCCGCCAGCUACGAUGCCAUCAAGCAGAAGGUCAAGGAGGCCGCCCAAGGACCCCUGAAGGGCAUUCUUGACUACACCGAGGAACAGGUCGUGUCAUCCGACUUCAUCGGUGACAACCACUCAUCUAUCUUCGAUGCUGCUGCCGGUAUCUCUCUGAACGACAACUUCGUCAAGCUCAUCAGCUGGUAUGACAACGAGUACGGUUACUCCAACCGCGUUAUCGAUCUCAUCAAGUACAUCCAGACCAAGGAUUAAAUGUUAGAUUGCAUUGUAGAGAUAAAUGUUGUUAUGAAUGUUUAUGAAUAUGAUUUUGUCGACGAUAUCGACUUUUAUAAUUUAAGCUUAAGUAUAGCGUUCAAGUCUAAAUUAUUAUUUAACCACUUUGAAAGUGAUGUUAUACGUGUAAUAAUGUAUCACGUUUAUAAAAUUAUUGCAAUAUCGCAAAACAAAUCAGUACUCAGUAAAAGUUAAUAAAAAUUA